UGAAUAUCAAUAGUUCGUGUUAAAAUAAUGCCAAUUUCUUGUUUUAUUUGGGUUCCGAGGAAUUUUUCACGAUUUGCACUGUAAUUUUUCUAUAUUCGUCAUGAAUUACUUCCGUGCAUGUGAUUUUUUUAACGCCAAUACCACUGAGCGUAUUGACAAUAUCGUUUCCUUGUCUUUCUAUUAUAAGUCCUUGGUUCGAGUUGAAUGGAAAAAUAAACUACAAUCCGAGCGAAUUCAUUUUAUGAGAAAAGUCGUAAUCAAAGUAGCAUUUGCAUAAUCUUAUUCGAUUGUUUCGAAAUGGCGGAACCCAAAUACGAGCAAUAAUUGCAUUGUCUAAAGUGUACAGCGGUGGAAAUGUUAAAUGUUCGAUCUAGGUGGCGGUGCAAUGAACAAACAAUAGAAGGGUUUAGUGAGGUUAUACUCAAAUUCGUUACGCAAUCGUCCAUACGCGCAACCUUAUGGCUCGCUUAGUCGGCUACAAGGUGAACGAUGAUUCAUCGUACUCCACCUUCGAGAAGUUGGAGAAAAUAGAGGAGUCGGACGAAUGGGGUGACAAAAGGCCGUGGUGGGACUGCACGAGGUGUUGUUGUUGUCGUUGCUUUGACCUCUGCCCCUCCGACUCGAAGGAGACUGUUUCGGAUGACAUAGAGUUCGCGUUGAUCAAAUACGUUCAGGAGGUCCAGUCGUCGCCCGGGGGGCCCAGGAAUAGAAUAAUAGUGCCCACGAAGGAGCUGUUGGAAAGCACUGUGAGACUGAAAUGCAGCAGCAGAACUGGAACCACCAGCGCACUCGACCACGGAGAAGACCAAACGUCAAUUAAAAAUUUAUGCACAGAUGAAGAGGAACAUAACAGCGCGCUGCAACGAGAAGGUGCUUUACAACGGAAGAGACGAGGUGCAAUCAACGCCAAACAGCUGGCUUUCUUGGAGAAAUACCGUCCCAAAUCCAGGCUGAAGAAGAACGGACACAAGAACUCCUGCUGCGUACAGUAA